UAAGUUUUGCCUUCGAUUCAACAUUUCGGUGACGUUGUGACAACCACACUGUUCAGAUUAGUCGGACGUCCAAAGGAGCGAUAAGAACCGUGACGCGUGAGACAGCGUGGAUCGUCUCGGACGCAUCAUGAAUCCGAUCGCGUCCUGCGAUUGCCGACAGCUCACCAGCAGCAGUGCCUGACCUCCAGGUUCCAACCUCUCCCCAUGUGCUCGGAUCGUGCGUGCGUUUUUCUACGGUUAAUGUGUUGAUGCUUCAUCCAGCACGUCAUUGCUCCCAAAUUGCCGUUCUUCCGCCCGUUUCGUCACACCCAAGAUGAACGAGAUGAAUGAAAGGCCCUUUUUCUGUUGGCUCUGGUCCACAAGAGAAGCUGUAGAACGAGAGCCAAACACGCGAAACCGUGCUCCCAACCGUUCUCCGAUUUGCUCCUUCUUAUCUCACGCUCUCGCGCAAUCCCCAGGAACAACACGGAAGCAGCGCUGGCGCCAUGGACUACCACACCGCCAGUGCUCUGGGCGGUAUGCCGGCUUCUCGAGACUCGAGUCUCCGGUCAUAUGCAGAAGCAAAAAAAUACCAAAUCCCUCUCGUCGUCGGACUGCCAGUGCUGGGCAGCGGGAAUAACAAAACUAGGUUGGUCCAAAAAACAAGAAGUUCUCCGGCACUCUGUCUGUAAAGCGUGUGUCUGCCGGAACCGGUCGGAUGGAGUAACAGCAGUGUUGUUAGCACUGCUGGUACGGCUACUACUAUUGUUGCUGGUGCGGCUGUUGUCCGAUGGGAAUGCUGUGUAGCCGAGAAACAACGGCAUAUAUACACACACAGCAGCUGAUAAGCCACGGUCGAUCGAAUAGCGUGAGAAAUAAGUGCAGUGUGCGUUCGGAAGUCUCGCCCAGCUGGAGUGUAUUCGCUAGUGCCGUUUGACGUUUAUGUGACGGUGUGUGGUUUUCUGCACCGCAAGUGCAUCCCCUUCGCUCACCUAUCCGAAUUUGCAAAGUGACCAGAUCGAUGCCGGUACGGUCGGGAUUUCUGCUACUGCUGCUUUGGCUCCACCAACGACUACCCGCAUCUACGCAAGCAACCGAACCAGCCACCAGACGCUGCAGCGGAGGACUGUGCAUCUUGCCCGAACUAUGUCGGCCCGUCAGCGUCAACGUGUACGAUGAGGUGCAUCUGGACUUUUUCAGCGUGUCAAGUUUCGAUCGUUCCAGCUCCGACGAGUGCCGGUUACCACAUCUCAAGUGUUGUCCAUUCGACCGUAUCGUCCGUGCACCGGACACCGAAGCACCAGACGAGAACGAAAUUGUGUGUGCAGCACGAAAUAACAACGGCAUCGGACACGUCGAGCAGAAGGAUAAAACGCGCGCCAAAUAUGGUGAAUUCCCUUGGAUGGCAUUCGUGUACACCGCGCAGGCCGAGUACGAGCUGUACCUGUGUGGUGGUACACUAGUUCACUCGAAGGUAGUCAUCACGAUCGCACACUGCAUCGAGAAUCGUACCAGCAACGAGCUGCGGGUCCGCCUGGGCGAAUGGGAUCUUGAGCACAUGGUCGAGAUAUAUCCCCCACAAGACCGUGCGGUCAUAGCAAGCGUAACGCAUCCUCAGUUCUACAGCGAACUACUGCUAAACGACAUCGCCAUUCUGUUCCUGGACGAGCAUGUCGACUUCACGGAGGUAGUCGGAAUAGCCUGUUUGCCACCGCAGAACGCUAACUUCGAUCACAAGCGGUGCCUUUUCACCGGGUGGGGUGAGGACGAGCGUGGUCGCAACUCGUCCGUACUCAAGCGCACCAAGCUGCCAAUCGUACCGAACGGCCACUGCCAGCGAGUACUCCGUCGCCAUCUGCUAAACCGAAGCUUCCGGCUGCACCAGGGCUUCCUGUGUGCUGGUGGCGAGUCCGGUAAGGAUGCGUGCCGUGGUGACGGUGGAUCUCCGCUCGUCUGUCCCAUACCACAUUCCGAAAAUCAGUACUACGUGGUCGGUUUGGUCGCGUUCGGGUACGAGUGUGGUACACAGGGUGUGCCGGGAGUUUACGUCAAUGUUCCUCACUAUCGCGACUGGAUCGAUGGGGAAAUCGAAAAGAUGUAUCAUGUUGAUAUCUUCGUUUAGGCCUUCAACUCGCCACAGGUUAGCCGCUUUCUAAUUUUAAACGCACGGAUGCGUAGUUCGCUGUAAGCUUAGCAUACAACUCUCAUCUUUAGAUAAUAAACCGUUCGUACUUACCACGCUACAAACUG